AUGAAUUCGCAAUCUCCAAACGACGUGUCGCCCGAGGCGAUGCAGGCGCGCAUUCAACAGGCGCGCCGCGAGGCUGAAACCCUGAAGGACCGCAUCAAGAGGAAGAAGGAUGAGCUUGCCGACACCACACUUCGAUCCGUCGCCCAACAAGCCCACGAGCCGAUCCCUAGGGGCCAGCUCAUGAAGGCCAAGCGUACCCUCAAGGGCCACCUCGCCAAAAUCUACGCCAUGCACUGGUCGACCGACCGCAGGCACCUCGUUUCCGCUUCGCAAGACGGCAAGCUCAUCAUCUGGGACGCCUACACCACGAACAAGGUCCACGCUAUUCCCCUGAGAUCCUCAUGGGUCAUGACUUGCGCCUACGCCCCUAGCGGCAACUACGUCGCCUGCGGUGGUCUCGACAAUAUCUGCUCCAUCUAUAACCUCAACCAACAGCGCGAUGGCCCCACGAGGGUCGCCCGCGAGCUCUCUGGCCACGCCGGUUAUCUCUCUUGCUGCCGCUUCAUCAACGACCGGAGCAUACUGACGUCCUCUGGAGACAUGACUUGCAUGAAGUGGGACAUUGAGACGGGACAGAAGGUUACUGAGUUCGCCGACCACCUCGGCGACGUCAUGAGCAUCAGCCUCAACCCGACAAACUCCAACACCUUCAUCUCCGGUGCCUGCGAUGCCUUCGCCAAACUCUGGGACAUUCGUGCCGGAAAGGCGGUUCAGACUUUUGCCGGUCACGAGUCAGAUAUCAACGCAAUCCAGUUCUUCCCGGACGGCCACUCAUUCGUCACGGGCUCCGACGAUGCCACCUGCCGACUGUUUGAUAUCCGUGCCGACAGGGAGUUGAACCUCUACGGCUCCGAGUCUAUCCUCUGUGGCAUCACCUCCGUCGCAACCUCCGUCUCCGGCCGCCUGCUGUUUGCCGGCUACGACGACUUUGAGUGCAAGGUCUGGGACAUCACCCGAGGCGAGAAGGUCGGUUCGCUCGUCGGCCACGAGAACCGUGUCAGCUGCUUGGGUGUCAGCAACGACGGCAUCAGUCUGUGCACAGGCUCUUGGGAUUCUCUUCUCAAAAUCUGGGCGUACUAG